AUGAGAGAGUUUUUCAGAUUUAGGCGCUUCCUGAACCUGAAUAGUGAACAGAUUCUCCGGUACCAACGAUCAGGAACACCUCUGUGGGCCACAGAUCGAGCGCCUUCGUUAACUGAGGCACCUCCUUGUGAAAAAUGUGGCGCAACGCGCUAUUUCGAGCUCCAGUUGAUGCCUCACCUUCUUUCUCUUAUUGAAGUCGAUCAACUUGGAAAUUCGAUCGAUUGGGCGUCUAUAUACAUCUACACUUGUUCGCAGACAUGCGAGAUUGAGAACAACGGAUACACCAGAGAGUUUAUUUUCAAACAAAACUUCUAA